GAAACUUUACUUGACAUGAAGUUUAUUCUUGCUCCUGGAUAUAGCUGCUCCUAGAUCUACAAUAGGUAAUACACUAUACACAUCCUACUAAAGACUUUUAUUUGCUAAUAGAAUGAGAUAAUGUUAAAGACAUUGUUGUUAUUCCAAGAAUAUUCUAGCAGUUUCUUUUGAAAGAAGAUGGAAAUUUACUGAGACAAAUGUGGGACAUCUUAGCAACACCAAAAAAAUGGCCAUCCUGAAGAGUGCAUCUAUUCUGCUGCUCCACCUCCUCUUUCUAUUUACCUCAGUCUCAACAUCAGCUGCAAACAGAUGGUUUCCAAGAAGUCUUCCAUGUGAUGUGACGAAGAAUAACACUGUUGUGCUUGUGGACUGCAGUGAACGUGAACUGACUCAGGUGCCGACUGGCUUUCCUGCCAACGCUACCAACAUCAGCCUGACUAUCAACCACAUCCCAGAUGUUCACAGCCACUCCUUUUCUGGGCUCAGUAACCUCACUGAGAUAGACCUGCGGUGUAACUGCAUGCCUGUCAGACUGGGCCCCAAGGACAGAGUGUGCACCAGGCCCCUGAGGGUCCAACAAGGGGCCUUCUCCUCCUUGCCAGCCUUGCGAUCGCUGUACUUAGAUGGGAACCAGCUGAAGCAGAUCCCGCAAGGCCUGCCCCACACUCUCACUGUGCUGAGCCUGGAAGCCAACAGCAUCUUUGUCCUCACCAAAGCCAGUCUGUCGGCGAUGACAAACCUGGAGGCCAUCUACCUGGGCCAGAAUUGCUACUAUCGCAACCCCUGCAACACUUCCUACCAGAUUGAGCAGGACACUUUCUACAACCUGGGUCGCCUCACCAUCCUGUCACUCAAAGAUAACAACCUGACUCACGUUCCUGGGAAACUGCCACCCAACUUAACGCAGCUUUUGCUCUACAAUAACGUGAUCAAGCGAAUCGGUAAGCGUGACUUCGCCGAGCUGCCUAAGCUGGAGAUCCUGGACCUGAGUGGCAAUUGCCCCCGCUGUUACAAUGCCCCAUACCCUUGCCAACCCUGCCCAUCCCCAGGUUACAUCCAGAUCCACUCCGAUGCCUUUCUAACAUUAAACAAGUUGGAGGUCCUGCGCCUCCAGAGUACCUCUCUCAAAGCAGUGCCCAGCUCAUGGUUCAGGAAUACUUCCAAUCUGAAAGUACUGGAUCUCUCCCAGAAUUUCUUACUGAAUGAAAUAGCCACUGCCACUUUUUUAAACUAUCUGACCAAGCUAGUGGAGAUAGACCUGUCCUUUAACUAUGAACUUAAAUUGUACGCCAAGUAUCUGAACCUGUCCAAGAAUUUUUCCAAGUUGGAGUCACUCCAAAGUUUAAGAAUCAGAGGCUAUGUUUUCAAAGAUCUGGAGAAGCAGAACCUGGACCCACUGCUGCAGCUCAGGAACCUCCGACUUCUGGACCUUGGCACCAACUUUAUCAAAGUGGCCAACCUGCAGAUCUUCGCCAAGUUUCAGGGUCUGGAAAUGAUCAACCUCUCCGAGAAUAAAAUCUCCCCUUCUUCCUCGGACUCGUUGAGCGGCUGGUGCGGGGCCAACGCUCGCUCCCGGGGCGACAGUGCCUUUUAUGGGUCGUCGGAGCAGGUCCACUACUUCCGCUACGACGAUUUCGGCCGGAGCUGCAAAUCCAACGUCAGGGGGUAUUACCCCAUGGUCCCCAUCCACAAAACCGAGUGCAGCCAUUACGGCUCCACCUUGGACCUGAGCAGGAACAAUAUCUUCUUCAUAAGCCCCACACAGUUCACAAACCUCUCCUUCCUCAGGUGCUUGAACCUGUCUGGGAAUGCUCUCAGCCAGACCCUCAAUGGCAGUGAAUUUCAGCACCUGCCCUACCUCCAGUACCUGGAUCUGUCAAAUAAUCGCAUCGACUUGCUGUACGAGUCUGCUUUCCAGGAACUGAGGGAACUGCAGGUCCUUGACCUCAGUCACAAUAACCACUACUUCGAAAUGGAAGGUGUGACUCACAGUUUAGAUUUCAUUCAGAAUCUGACAGCCCUGUCCAAGCUGAGAAUGAAUGAGAAUGCCAUUCACUCCUCAGCGGACAAAAUACUCAAGAGCAAGUCCCUCAAUGUCUUGGAGUUCCGAGGCAACCGCCUGGAUUACAUGUGGAGAGACGGCACUGAGAAAUACAUCCAGUUCUUCAAAGACCUGGACAACCUGACCCGCCUGGACCUCUCGGCGAACCAUCUCAGCUUUAUCCCGCACGGGGUCUUUGAGCACCUCCCCCCGAAUCUGAAAGAGCUGCUGCUGGCCGAGAACCAGCUCAAGAGCUUCAACUGGGGCCUGCUUCACUUGCUGUCCUCGGUGGAGCUGCUGGACCUUGGCGGCAACGAACUGAGCACCGUGCCCCGGGUGCUGGCCAACUGCACCCGCACCCUGGGUACCUUCAUCCUCACCCGCAACAAGAUCGCCCAGCUCAGCAAGCACUUCCUGCAGGGCGCCACCUUCCUGCGUUACCUGGACCUCAGCUACAACCACUUGAGGGUCAUCGAGGCCUCCAGCUUCCCGGAGAGUGCCCUGCAUCGCCUGGAGGUGCUGCUCUUAAGCGGCAACCACUUCCUCUGCACCUGCGAUGCCGUCUGGUUCGUCUGGUGGAUUAACCGGACCUCGGUCAACAUCCCCCGGCUGGCAACAGAUGUCACCUGCGCCUCCCCCCGAGCCCAUCGCGGCCAGAGUGUCAUCUUGUUAGACCUGAACUCCUGUGAGCUGGACUCCCUGGGAGUCUCCCUGCACAUUGCCAGCGCCAGCCUCAUCCUGUCGCUGCUGCUUGUCUCCAUCAGCCGCCACCUCUUCUCCUGGGACGUCUGGUACGGUUAUCACUUCUGCAUCGCCAAGUUCAAGGGCUACCGGCCACUACCUGCCAAUAAAACCACCUAUGGUGCCUUCGUGGCCUAUGACACCAAAGACACUUGGGUGACAGACUGGAUCCUGAAGGAGCUGAUAACUAAUCUGGAGGAGAGAGGCGAGAGACGAGUCUGCCUCUGCUUGGAAGAGAGGGACUGGGUGCCAGGCCAACUCGUGAUGGAUAACCUCUCGCAGAGCAUACACCGGAGCAGGAAGACGAUUUUUGUCCUCACCAAUUUCUAUGUCACCACGGGGAAGUUUCGAACUGCUUUCUACAUGGCGCACCAGCGCUUACUGGAUGAGAAGAUUGAUGUGAUCGUGCUGAUUUUUCUGGAGAAAGUUUGGCAGCGCUCCAGGUACCUCAGGCUUAAGAAGAGACUGUGCCGAAACUCGGUCCUGGAGUGGCCCUAUAACCCCCGGGCUCAGCCCCUCUUCUGGCAGCGCCUGCGAAAUGCAUUAGAGACAGACAAUCACACGCAGCAUGGGAAAUUCUUCAACGAAAUUAUAUAGUUGGCUGCAUUGGGGGAAUGUGCCAGAACCUGUCUGCUUUAGAUUAGUGCCAACUUAUCAUCGAUCAAAAGAUUUUUAACAAACCUAAAAUGUCCAAAGUUCCACUUGAUAAACUCUCACUAUAUUUAAAAUGAUCAUCAUAAUAAAACCUACAGAGUAAAUACAUGGAAGGUUGUGUCUUUGCCUUACCUUGCCUGGUUAUUACCUUGCCUUCUACACAUUAAUUACCACAAAUGUUUAUAGUUCAGCUGUUACUGCCAAAACAGCGAUUCGUAGAAGAACAAACCAAUAGGAAGGAAUUUUAAGUCAGUGGCGUUGGUUCAAAUAUUCAACGAUCUAAGCCACAAGACAAAAGAUGCAAA